AUGGGGAAGAGAAGCAGAACUAGGGUUUCCGAGGAACACAUCGAGAACGAAGAAGAAGCUGAAAUGGAGGAAGAUCGUGAAUUUGUCGACGGAUCUUCUUCCUCAAACGGCAAAAGCUUGUAUGAGAUCCUUGGGGUGGAGAAAACUGCAUCUCAGCCUGAGAUAAAGAAAGCUUACUACAAGUUGGCUUUGCGCCUGCAUCCUGAUAAAAAUCCCGGGGACGAGGAAGCUAAGGAAAAGUUUCAGCAGCUACAAAAGGUUAUAUCUAUUCUUGGUGAUGAGGAGAAACGAGCAGUAUAUGAUCAGACGGGAUGUGUUGAUGAUGCUGAUCUAGCAGGAGAUGUCAUCCAGAACUUGCGCACAUUUUUCCGGGCCAUGUAUAAAAAGGUCACAGAAGCUGAUAUUGAAGAGUUUGAGGCAAACUACAGAGGCUCUGAUUCAGAGAGAAAAGAUUUGAUUGAGCUGUACAGCAAAAUGAAGGGCAACAUGGAGAAGCUUUUCUGCUGCAUGAUUUGCUCUGAUACUAUGCUUGAUUCCCACCGCUUCAAGGAUAUGAUUGAUGAGGCCAUUUCUGAAGGUAAGUUGAAUUCAACUAAAGCGUAUGAGAAAUGGGCCAAGAAAGUGUCCAAAACAAAGCCUCCUACAAGCCCAUUGAGACGCAGAAAGAAAUCACAAAAAAACUCAGAAGACUUGUAUGCAAUAAUAGCUCAAAGGCAAAAUGAGAGGAAAGGAAAGAUUGACACAAUGUUCUCCACUCUUGUUCAAAAAUACGGCGGAUGUGAAUCUGCUCCAGAGCCAAGCGAAGAAGAAUUUGAAGCUGCUCGUAAAAAACUUGAAAGGCAAAGAGCUUCCAAGCGUAAUUAA